UUACUAAUUUAUUUAUUUAUUUUCAAUUUUGCGGCCGAGAAGAGUUGAGUGCAAAAUGAAGGGACCCGAAAUAUCAAAUUGAGAGAAGGCAGUAGUAGUCUCUGCAACAAACAAUAACACAAUAUGGCUUUCUCUGCAACAAUUACUUCUACGCACUAUUCUCCCCAAUUCCUUCGCGUUCCCAUCUCCGUUCCACUUUCUCAAACUCACACAUCACUCUCUUUUCGGUCUUCAACACCAAUCCUCAAUCGCCGAAUUCGUACACCUAAACCUCUCUCAAUUCGCUCAGUUUCCAUUCCUGCUGCGCCUGCAUCUGGAGCCGUGGCACCUGCAAUUUCGCUUACAGAUAAUGCACUGAGUCACUUGAAUAAGAUGAGGUCUGAACGAAGUCAAGAUUUGUGUUUAAGAAUAGGAGUCAAACAGGGUGGAUGCUCUGGUAUGUCAUACACAAUGGAUUUUGAGGACAAAGCUAAUACAAGGCCAGAUGAUUCCAUCAUUGAAUACCAAGGUUUUGUAAUUGUUUGUGAUCCUAAGAGUCUACUCUUCAUAUUUGGCAUGCAAUUAGACUACAGUGAUGCUCUGAUUGGGGGAGGCUUCUCUUUCAAGAAUCCUAAUGCUACACAAACAUGUGGAUGUGGUAAAUCCUUUAAUGCAGAAAUGUAAAAUCAUGUUUAUAUACGGUAGUUACAGUACUAAGGUGAUUGUUUCAAGCAAUACUUUGGACUAAUUAUAGGAUCUUAUUACUAACAAUUAUUACAUUAUAGGAAUUGUCCAAUAAAAAAAAGACUGAAUUUAUCUGUUAUUCCUAUUUCUGUUUA